AUGGCACACUCAGCCGCCGUCGUCAGUACGGCCGGGUGGAGCGCCCGGUUACUCGGGUCCGCCCUUGCACCGGGAGUGGCGCUGAUCACUGCCAUGGUGACCUCCCUCCCCGGACCGACUUCCCGGCUGGGCCUGUCCUUCGCCUUGGCCUCGGCCUCGUCCUCGGCGUCCGGGUCCCUGGAGGACACCAACCCCCUCACCUGCCUGGACCUGGGCCCCACCUGGAUGCAGGCCACCUGCAUCACGCUGGACUUCGUGGUGUUGCUCCUGUACCUGACCAUCGCGAUCCUAUGCAUCAAGGCCCUGACUUUGGGCUGGGACUAUCGCGACAGCGCCGGGGUCCGGCUCAUCCGGCAGCUGCUGUCCCUGGAGCCGCGCAACACGGUGGAGGUGUCCCACUCGCCCAUCGGCGAGGGCUCCAUCACCAAUAGCAGCAUCAACGGCGAUGGCACCGACCUCCUUGGCGAGGAUGAGGAGCACGAUGUGUGCAGCCCGCUGCUGGCCACCUCCGGGGACAUUUAUGGCAGCGCGCACCGGUCACUGAGUACGACCACCACCACCACCACCACCACCACCACCGCCACCGAUUCCCCGGGCGAUCUGGCGACCCAGCCGCACGCGCACGCGCACGCGCAGCCCUCCGGGCCGGGCCUCCGGGAGUCCACCCUCAGUGUCCCGGGCAGCAUGGACUUCACGAUGUCCUCCUCGCCACAUCUGGUGCCCCUGCGAAUGGGUGAGCCCCCGGAGCCGGGCCCCUUCUACGCGUCCGUGGAUGAGACGUCACCGCGGUUGCAUGACGAGAUGUUCGGGUACGGGCCGUACCGGCACUCGCUGGCCGUGCACCACUACCACCGGUACUCGGCGGCCGGCCUGCCGGCGUCCUUCUCGGCUGGCGGGUCGGGCACGCCGCACUCUGCCGGCGGCCCGGGCACCCCGCGCGUCGGCGCCCCCAUGGCCGGGCCUUCCGACAAGCGCCAAUGGCAGAAGUUCUUCCACCUUUCGCUGUUGCUGGGGUGCAUCUUGCGCAUGGUUUACUUUGCCCUCAAGCCCUUCCUGUCGGUGUCGCUGCCCUUCUACCUGAUCACCGACAUGGCCACAUCGGUGCUCUUUUUCUCGGCCUACAACGUCUUGCUGUACUACUGGGCCGAGAUGUACCACUCUACCUACGAGCGGACCAUUCGCCUGCGGCCCUACUACAUCGGCUACAUGGGAGCCCUGUGCUUGGUGCUGCUGACCCUCUUCCUGGUCAAUUGGCUGGCCUACAAUCCCUAUUGCCUGGGGGGGAAUUCGCUGGAUGGCAGCGGCUCGGAGCCGUGCAAUCCCUCGCUCACGCCGAUCGACAUCGGCAUCCAGCUCAUCUCCAUCAUCCAAUAUGCGGUCAUCUCGCUGGGGUUCUUCGUCUACGGAAUACUGCUGUACCAGAAGUUCCGCAAGCUCAGCCAGACCACCACAUCCAACCGGUCCAACACCAAAGCCAUGAACACCCUCCUGAUUGUGUCCAUCCUCUAUCCGACUUUCUUCCUGGCCCGAGUCAUCUUGCUGGUGGUGGUCGUCUUCAAGAGCUACACUCUCGUGUGGUGGUUUAAUGCCGUGUACUUCACCCUCCUGGAGGUCCUACCCAUCUACAUCCUGUCGCUGGUGUUCUCCUACAGUCGGAUUAGCACUGGCACUGGUGGCACGCCUGGGGUCAUGAGCAGCUCGCUGUCCGGCUCGACCACCCCUUUCGCCUCGCUGACGACCGUGACCCCGCAUACGGCCAGUCGCGCGCGCUCCGGCACGGCCCUCGGUGGCCACCAGAAGUCCUCGUCAACCGGUACGGCGACCACCACCGGGGCCGGCCUCGGCGAUGAUCCUGCCCAGGCCGGCGGCUCGGCCUACCGACUGAAUGAUCCUGAUCCCUUCGCCAGCCUGCUGGUCGAGCCGCCACCCCCCGCUGGCGGCAGCAUCGAUCAGCCGGCCACCCUAUCACACCACCACCAUCAUCAUCAUCAUCACCAGCCCCACCAUCUGUCGCAGCACCAUUCCCAUCCCCUGCCAGGGCAUCUGAUGGGCCCGUCUGCCUUUUCGGCGGUCCCGUCGGCGGCCGUGUCACGCACGAGCAGCUUCCGGGGCGGAGCCCCGCCGACCAUUGUCGGGACGUCGGCCAACCCCGGGCCCCGGUCCCGGCUGCCGACCCUGCUGUCGGCGGCCGAUCUCAAACCCAAGCACAAUUACCUGGGUGAUCUGCCGGUGGCCAACGAGGCGGGUGGCUCCAGCGCCGGGCCCACCCCUGCCGGGCCCACCCCCCAGGUCCGGUCUCCCAUGGACCCGACUGGCCGGGCGGGCCCUGGCUCGGACUCCGGUUCGAACCCGGGCGGCGAGUCGACCUCGGCCCCCGACCUCGGGGCCCCCUCCGCCAGGCCCGCCGCCACUGCCGGCACCUCCACCGCCGGCAGUGGCAGCAGUAGCAGCAGCAACAGCAGCAGCAGCAGCAGCAGCAACACCAGCACCGCCACGGGCCCCGGCGCCCGGCCGGACCUCAUCAUCCCUUCACAGACUGCCAUCAUUGCGGCCUUGCAGUCGGUCGCCCUGCCGGCAUCGCCCACCUCCGCGGCGCAUCUCCUGGACUCGGGGUUCCUGUCGCACAUGCACCAUCACCAUGCGUCGCUCGCCGGGCCGGCCCCGGGGUCGAGCGCCAUGGGGGGCACCGGCGCCGGCGCCGGUCCUUAUGCCCUGGCCGGGGCGGCUGCCUUCUCCCACUCGGACGACUUGGCCUCCUCCUUCUUCGACACCACGCUCCUGACGCGGUCAGCCAGUGCGGCGUCGGCGGCGGCGGCGGCGGCGGCCUCCUCGCGUGCGGCCGCCCGCGCACGCGCCGCCUCCCGUGCGGCCCAGCAACCGCCGGACCUGCCGCCGGAGGAGCCCCCCGCGCCUGGCGCCCCCUCUGCCUGAAUGCAGGGGGCGGAUAUGGGGGGCCUGUAGCAGCACGCCGGCGCGCACGCGCGAGAAAUACACCACCGGCCAUACGA